CCAUCGUUGAGCUCCGAAUUGCCUUUUGAAACUUCUAUUCGACGUCUUCUGUUUGUUCGCGCGGCCCGUACAACGACAACCAUGUGUUGAGUUGCAGUUAUUUCACCGCCAUUCUUUUACCCGUUGCGCCUGCGCUGUCGAGAUGAAGACCUCUCGGCCAAGUUUGCUUCUCUUUUUACUCGGUGUUCCGCUUCUUGUGGCGGGCCAGCGAGAAAUUCUACCUGCCGUGACACCCACGCCUCAAGUGCCUGCUGGAUCUCUAGAUUCGCUGGAAGGCAAAGACACAGAUAUACAAGGCCUUCUCGCUCUGCAGAGUUCUGCAGCAGACUCCCCUUCGAAUGAAAUUCUCCAACCCUCGCCAUUGCAAACGCAUAUACCCCUUUCAGCAACCACAGCAUCACCUCUGGCCCCAGGUCCCUCCACCACUCCCACCAGUUCGGCUCUCACAUCCAUAACUAACGCAGGCGCUCCGACAAGCGGGAUACCUUCUUCGGGCGCUCCCACGAAUCUGGAAAUCUCUUCUUCGAGCCCAACUCUGACCCCUACUUCUAUAUCGACUCACAUUAUCACCGCGAGGCAUAUGUCGAAACAUCAUCGGGACGUGGUAAUCAUUCUAUCCGUGGUUCUGGGCGUCUUUGGUCUCCUCCUGAUUGGGGCCGCAAUCUUCCUCGCAUGCCGUUACUGCCAAGGCAAAGCACCCUUCAAUAACCGUGGCGCAACUCCUAUAAAUGAUGAGGAGAUUCAGUCAUGGCGCGGUACCAGUAUGGAGCCAAAACAACACCAAAACGCGGAUCCUCAGCCCCAGGUCUACCCUCCCCUCGAGAUGAGUAUGGGCUCGAUCGCAUUAGGACAAUCUCCAGGGCAUCCUACACGCCCAACGGCGCCAUCCUCCGCACAUCAUCAUUCUUCAUCAUCUGUGGCUAAAGCACCAAACGCUAGGGCUGGUCUGACAGAUGAGACUAUCCCCGGUGCCGCCCCCUUUAUCCCCCCGGCCGUAAAACGGCAAAAUUCGCUCCUGUCGAAGACCCCUCUGGGUCAUGUGAGAACAAAGAGUAGGAGUAGCACAAGUGCGAAGAAUCUGUCGAGACAAAGUGAUGAGCCUGAAAGGAUACACCCUUGGUACGAUCCUGACCUCGACUCAGUUGGGAAGGAGGUGAGGGACACGGAUCACACUAGCAGCUCCCCUGGAACGUCGAUAUUCGAUGGGCUCACCGCUGGAGGUCUCUCACCACGACCUAGAUCACAAGCAAGGCGAUUGGAGAAGGAGGAUGAGGUUGGCAGAGCCAUUGCAUAGUUUUAAGUGGAAUCUUCCGCUGGACGAGGAUUCUGCUGAGUCCUAUCGGAGAUGCAGAGUCAGCAUUAACAUGACAUGUCUUUUUUCCUUACAUGCAGCUUUUCUUCAUGCAUACGACUAGGGAAGGCGUACAUGGCAGGUCUGGUCCAAAUAAUGGACCCCGUAUACCCGUGACGAUCGUGGAUCAUUGAACUUGUAGUUUUGCGGAAAUAUGAACCAGAUUAGCUACCCAGCUCAGUUCUUUUCGACCUUGAUGAAAAAAUGUGGCAACAUUUAUAUUGAGAAGCAACCCUCACGGUUCGAGUCUGUCUCUUUUAUUUUAUAAGUAAAUUACCUCUUUCAUACAACCGCCCUGAACUCGCACAUGUUCUAAGUGUGUAUCACGUGCACACCAACACGUCGCGUUAAACGCCUAUCAAUUGGACGCGAAUUUGACCGCC